AAUUGCACAUGCCUCGGUGAAGACACAAGUUAAAGAGGAAGAAGCCUGGCUGGGUCUCUUUCCCUUCUGGCCAGCACAGAGGUGCCAAGGCCGGGCCAGCCCCCGUCUGGGCCGGGGCGGGCCGGGCGGCUCCUGCCGUGGGGCCGGGCCCCUUCCCAGGGAGCCCGCCAGGCCCCAUCGGCUGCCGGGCAGGGGAGGGGAGGCCGCGGGGCCGAGGCCGGGCCGGGCCGUGGCUGCGCUUGCUGACAUCUGGCCGCUGCCGAGCCCUGCCCUGCCGCCAGCCCGGGCCCAGCCAGGAUCCGCCGGGCCCCAGGAGCAGCCCCGGGCCGGGCCGGCUGGGCCAAGCUUCUGCCGCCCUUGGGCUUGGCCCGCAACCAGCGGGCAGGGCCAGGAGAAGCCAUCGGCCCCGGCCGUGCUGCUGCUCUGCUCUGGCCUGGCUGCUGAGAUCCUGGCCCUGCCCCCAGCGCCGCCCAGCCUGACACAGCCCCAGCGCAGCCGCUGCACAAACCUCCAUGGGAAAACAGCUCCGGCCGCAAGGACCCAGCCCGGCCGGGCUCACGCAACCAUCUGCAGGCCCCGCCUGAGAUAUUGACUCUUCCUGUGCUUCCAUCCUCCCUCCUGUGAGAGAAAAGGACAAAGUGCAGGCACACACAGGAGCAACGUGAAGACACCGAGGUCAGUGAAGAGGAAGUUGAGUCCCAGAUGGGAGGGAUGAGGAGAUGCCUUGAUCUUGGGGCUGAAAUCCUCUGGUAAAGCUGUGGAGAAGGAUGGAAUUGAUACAUCAGACUCUCUUUUUCCCUAUAAUGCAUUGAAAAGAAUAGGGAGAUGACUUGUUCAGCAAAGGCCUCCAUGCUAAAGUAAGCAAAUGUUGCAGUAGCUGUGAUCCUAUGAGAAGAUUGAACAGAGAUAGAGAGAAGAGUGAUGAGACCCUGUGCCCUCAGGGAGAGAAGAAGAAGAUCUCUGUUCCCAGAGAUGAAAUGAUUUCAGAAAUAGUUGAAGAGAAUUUUUGUUCUUAAACAGCUCAUCUUUAAACCAAUACCCAUAAGUUGACAUGGCCCAUAAACACAGCUGUGGGAAAAGCUGUGAAAAAAUGGGAGGGACUUCAUGAUUUCAGUUUUUCCCAGUGGCUGCUAUUUGUGGAAAUUUAGAGCCACACGAGAACUGUUUUUUUAUAGAGAAGUCACCGUAGCAUGAAAGAGAGACGCCUCUCCCUAAAUGAACAGAAGAAAGACUAUUCUAGAGGCGGUAAACUGACUGAAAAUUUUAGGUUUUCUCUCCUUACAUUGUCAGGUUGUAUAGAGAGAGGAAGUGUUCUGAAGGUUUUGUUCUGAUUCUUAUUACUCUUUCUUUUACCUACUAUUGUAAACUUGUCUUUCAAACUUUUUAAAGUUUUGAGCCCACUUUGCCUUUCUCCUAAUCCUACCUCAGAGCAGGAAAUGAGUGCCCAUGUGCAGCCCCAGCAAAUGUCCAACAGCAGCUCCAUCAGCCACUUCCUCCUGCUGGCACUGGCAGAGACGCGGCAGCUGCAGCUCCUGCACUUCUGCCUCUUGCUGGGCAUCUCCCUGGCUGCCCUCCUGGGCAACGGCCUCAUCAUCAGCGCCGUAGCCUGCGGCCACCACCUGCACACGCCCAUGUUCUUCUUCCUGCUCAACCUGGCCCUCAGCCACCUGGGCUCCAUCUGCACCACUGUCCCCAAAGCCAUGCACAAUUCCCUCUGGGACACCAGCACCAUCUCCUACACUGGAUGUGCUGCACAGGUUUUUUUUUUCCUUUUCUGCGCUGCAACAGAGUAUUUCCUCCUGACCAUCAUGUGCUACGACCGCUACGUGUCCAUCUGCAAACCCCUGCACUACGGGACCCUCCUGGGCAGCAGAGCUUGUGCCCACAUGGCAGCAGCUGCCUGGGCCAGUGGCUUUCUCACUGCUCUCAUGCACACGGCCAAUACAUUUUCCUUGCCCAUGUGCCAUGGCAAUGCCCUGGGCCAGUUCUUCUGUGAAAUCCCACAGAUCCUCAAGCUCUCCUGCUCCAAAUCCUAUCUCAGGAAAUUUGGCCUCAUUGCAAUUAGUGCCUGUUUAUCAUCUGGUUGUUUUGUGUUCAUUGUUUUCCCCUAUGUGCAGAUCUUCAGGGCUGUGCUGAGGAUCCCCUCUGGGCAGGGACGGCACAAAGCCUUUUCCACCUGCCUCCCUCACCUGGCUGUGGUCUCCCUGUUUGCCAGCACUGCAGUGUUUGCCUACCUGAAGCCCCCCUCCAUGUCCUCACGAUCCCUGGAUUUGGCACUGUCAGUUCUGUACUCGGUGGUGCCUCCAGCCCUGAACCCCCUCAUCUACAGCCUGAAGAACCAGGAGCUCAAGGCUGCAGUGAGGAGAAUUAUGACUGCAUGGUUUCGGAAACAUUAA